AUGCCAAAAGACAACAAGGGAAGAUUAAAACCUCAAGUAAAUACUAUUCGACUAGUUACAUCGUCUGAUGUUAGUGGAAAUAAUUUUCCAACUCAAGGUUCGACGUUAUAUGACCCUGAAGGUCCUAAGCUUUUGAAGCGUUGGAACGAUACGGAUUAUAAUGAGUUAAAUCCAAUUACUUGGCUCAAUACCAUACAUCAAAAAUUGAGGACACCAGCUCCGCCAAUAUAUAGCUACAUACAAGAAGUUUUAGCUAAUGGGUUUUAUUGUACUGUGGAGUUUCUUGAUCAAAGAUUUAAGUCACCUGAGCCAAGACUAAAGAAACAAGAAGCUAAAGAAGAUGCGGCAAAGAUUGCUUUAUUAACUUUGGAGCAACAAAUGCCCAUAAUUUUUAAACAAAUCAAAGAUGUACUUGUCAAAGCAAGCACAGUUCCAAAGAAGGAGACCAGGUUAUGUAGAGUGGGAGGACUAAGACAGCUUCCAAAAAUAGUUCAACCUUCAGAUACGAUCCCUCAUUCUAUUGAAUGGUUGGAAAAAUUCAAAGCGACGCACGUAAAUGAAAGACCUUGCGUUAUGUUACUUGAAUUUUGUCAAUAUCAUAAACUUGGACAACCUGUUUAUCAUCCAAGACAAGAAUGGGAAGGACUCAUAAAAAUGGAUUGUGAAGUAAACUCGAGGAAAUUUAGUUCUGAGCAUACAUUUUGGGUUAAGAAAGACGCAAAAGAUCAUGUGUCACAAAUAGCUUUUGAUAUAUUAUACAAUGAAUUUGUCAGCAAAGAACAAGCAGAAAUUGACCGAAAGGUCAGGACUUAUAAUAUUCGUCAAGGAAUAUAUAGGGAAGAACCCAAAAAAAUACAAGAAAUAGUUCAACCAUCACCACCUUUUAUAAAUUAUUCAGUUCAUGGUUAUUAUGAUAACUAUACCAAUUAUUACACGCCAACCAUGAGUGAGAAUAUUCAAGCUGUUACGAACUUUACAUACGAUCAGCCUUUAGGAGGAUAUCAGGACCCAAAUGGCAAUACUAAUAAUAAUCUACUUGGUAAUGCCAUUAGUUUUAAUACUCAACCGACGGUUGGUUCAUAUGGAUAUGAUAGUUCCUCAAUAGUUCCAUUUUUCAAUAAUCUGGAGAUUAAAUCUACAGAUACCUAUGUUUUUCCAACACCAAAUGCGAGUCAAUUUGGUCAAGUAUCAACUAAUGCAUCAUUUAUUAAUGUAGCGAAUCCCUCAACAUCAUUAACCCAAACAAGUGCUAGUAAUGGUUAUCAUCCGUACGCUGUCACUGUAUCAAAUAAUAAACAUGCAAUUACAAAAAAGCUCAAUGGUCGAUCCCGUAAAGAGAGACGUUUAUACGGUACUACCGCAGCGUUACAUAAUCCAACAAGGACUCUUGAGAAAGUGGUAUCUGAUAAAAAUGGAAGGCUAUUGCGAAAAAAAUAUAUUACUUUGCUUCAUGAGCUUUGCCAAAGGAGAAGUUGGUCGAAACCAGAUUUUGACUUUCAUAGCAUAUGCGGAGGAUAUCGAAGCACUGUAACCAUUAAUUGUCGCAUUUUUACCGGAAGUAAGUUAUGUCCCAAGAAAUCAGAUGCAAAGGAGGAGGUAGCCGAGCUUGCAUAUAAGUUUUAUGAAACGGAUCAGUAA